AUGUUAAAAAAGACAUUCGACUCAAUACGGCAAGAUGUUACUGAUGGUCUGACACAAGUUGCUCAGAGAAGUGUGCUUGCUGUGCAAGAACUUAUUAAUCAGCCGUAUACUGCCUAUGAACUUGGAACUAGAGAAUACGAAACUUUCUUGAAUAUAAAAAACAGUCAAACUGAGAAGAAAGAAAUUGUUAUCGAGUCAUUUAAACACAUUCAUCUUAUAAAGUCUGAGAAAUGGUUCGACGCGUAUCUUCAAAAUCCAAGACAAGCGACAAAGCAAGUAAUCAGAUUCUUCCGUCUUCCAUUGCAGAAAGAAACCGAAGCUCUCAACGAGUUCUCUCGCUUGGCACUUAUUCUCUACGAGUUGGACAUUCAAAGUCUUUAUAAUGCGGGAGUUGUUCAACUUGUUUUAAAUUCUGCACGAAAAGAACAAGGCUGGAGUUCUGCUCAUAUUGCUGUGGAUGUUUCUAUUAAAGCUGUUUUAUCCGUAAACUCGCCUCCAACGAAACGGUUAGAUUACGGUGAUGGCGAUUCUUUGGGAAGAACUCCACUACAUCUUGCAGUUGCUCAGAAUAAACGAGAGAUGUUCGAACAUUUACUUGCAAUUGGCGCAAAAACUACUGCUCAGGAUUCGGAGGGAUGCACGAUUUAUCACUACAUUCUAAGAGACCCAGACGAGGGCUAUCCAUGGUUCCAGUACCUAAUAGAUGAAGCUCCGAUCGAACGACCCGACCCGGCAAUGAAUAUUUUGAAUAAUGAAGGUCAAAACCCGCUGCACAAGGCCACAAUCGAAGGCAAAGAUAAGUUCUUUCAUGGUCUUCUUGAUGCUGGAGCUCAGCCUUGCGUUUCAAGUGCGACUGACAAAGUUCUUUCAUACGACGAUGAUGAAAUCAACGCGUGUGAUGAAAAAUAUGGUGGAACGCCUCUUCACUGGUCCAGGACAAAGGAAGACAUACGACUUCUAACGAAAAAGGGUGCCUUAGUAAAUGCUGUAUCUGCGGAUAAAUCAACGCCGCUCCAUGUCAUGAUCAAAAAACAAAGAACAGAAGCAGCAUAUGAGCUCGUUUUGCAUAGUGCCGAUGUCAAUGCAGUCGGAGAAAACGGAAAUACUCCUCUUCACUUUGCGGUUCUUUCGGGAAAUCUCCAGCUUAUCAAGGCUUUGAUAUUAUUCGGCGCUAACUACCAAAUGAAAAAUGAUGACAAAAAGACUCCAGGACUUGUCGCGCUUGAAUCAAAAGAAAGCUCAAAAGAAGAAAUUCUAGUUGCCUUACACGAAGUCGGUGCGAUGGUCGUCGAACCAGAGUCCCCCAUUCCACAGAAAGCCAAAGAAAAGGAGUUUCUCCAUCCGUCGAACAUUAAUUCAUCGUCUGGAGAUAUAAAUCACAAUAACUCGUACUCUCUUACUGUAAGUCGAAGCGAAUCCUGUCGUUCUGUCAAAUCGUCGGUGUCAGCUCAUGAAGCACCCCUUCGUGCCAAAUCGAUGGAUGAAAUAGAAGAUCUCAAGGAAGCAAAAUCGAGCCGACAUAAUUUGCGGAAAAACUUGCGUAUUCUAUCAUUGGAUGGUGGUGGAAUUCGGGGACUUGUUCUGACGCAGCUUCUGAUUGCAAUCGAGCAAGAAGCCGGACGGCCAAUACAUACGCUCUUCGAUUAUCUUGUGGGAACUUCAACUGGAGGAAUGGCCGCCCUCGGUCUCAUGCAAAAAUAUCGAGCAACAGAUAUUCAACGAUUCUACCUCAAGCUAAAAGAUGACUGUUUUCAUGGGAAGCGUCCUUAUCACGAAGCGCCUUUGGAAUCUGCCUUACAAGAACUUUACGGACAACAAAAAAUGCUCGAUAUCAACGAGCCCCGCGUUCUCGUUACCUCGAUGCUUGCUGAUCGUCAGCCAGCGGAGCUUUUCUGGUUUAGGAAUUUUAUUCCAGCUGGCAAAGUUGACAACUUUCUCCCAAAAACGACAGAUGGAGAGCACAAGUUUGAACCAACGAUCGAGCAUAGAAAUGACGAAGUCUGGAAAGCGGCGCGUUGCACUGGAGCAGCCCCUACAUUCUUCCCCGCAAUGGGGCGUUUCCUCGACGGAGGUCUCGCCGCCAACAAUCCAACAAUUGACGCACUCGUUGAAAUCAUCCGCGAAGUGAAUGAGUACAAUAAAACCCCUGAGUCCGACGACACUGGCAAAGAAUCCAUUAAAAUCGUUGUCUCUCUUGGCACUGGCAACCAACCUGUAGUGAAAAGCCGUGCUACAGACAGAAUUUGGCCGACGAAUGCUCUUGAAGCUUACAAAUCACUGACGGCGACGGUCGAAUUAGCCAAAAUGUUCGUCGAUACGGUUUGCGAAUGCGACAGAUGGGUUGUGCGUCGAGCUCAAUCGUUCUGCGACGCACUCGGGACUGCUUAUUAUCGUCUGAAUCCACAAAUGUCUGCGGAUAUUCAGCUAGACGAGACCGACAACACAAAACUUUUCCAGCUGAUGUGGGACACCCGAAAGUACAUAAAUAAGAACAAAGACUACAUCAAAGAAAUGGUGUGUCAAUUACUCUAA